AGCAAGGUCGAGCAGCGGCGCUGGUGCUGUACGUUUUGGUUAACGUUGCCUCAGCCAUGGCGUGUCCCCGCAUGUUAAAAACGUGGUUGAGUAGCUAAAUGCAAGGACAAUAAGGAUGUUAUACGUCUGUAUAGCAGGGUCCAUGAGGUGUCGUCUGGGUGCUAUAGAGGAAGAUUAUCAUUGACGUUAACUACGGAGUGCGUAACUAGCUGACAGGAGCUAGCGAGGUUAAUUAACGUUACUAGUGAACAUGAGUUCCGCUCCUAAUCACGUCAACGUCACGGAGACAGGGUCCCCCAAACCCGGUUCGAUAGCCGGACAUGCCCGCCAGGUCUUCAGCCAUGUGAAGGUAGAAAACCUGGUCGCGGGGCUGAGUGGAGGGGUGGUGUCAACACUGGUGCUUCACCCUCUGGAUCUGGUCAAAAUCAGGUUUGCAGUAAGUGAUGGAUUGGAGUUAAGACCUAAAUACAGUGGCAUAUUACACUGUAUGAAGAGUGUCUGGCAGCAGGAGGGACUCAGAGGACUCUACCAAGGAGUGACACCCAAUAUUUGGGGCGCCGGAGCAUCUUGGGGUCUCUACUUCUUUUUGUACAAUGCAAUCAAAGGGUACACUAAGGAGGGCCGUCAAACUGAACUGAGUGCCACAGAGCACCUGGUGUCUGCGGCCGAAGCAGGCAUCGUGACGCUCACCCUAACCAACCCAAUCUGGGUGACCAAGACCCGGCUGGUGCUCCAGUACAAUGCUGACCCGACUGGUAAACAGUAUAAAGGGAUGUUCGAUGCUCUGGUCAAGAUCUACCGCCAUGAGGGGGUGCCAGGACUAUACAAGGGUUAUGUUCCUGGUCUGUUUGGCACGUCUCAUGGAGCGCUGCAGUUCAUGGCCUACGAAGAGCUCAAGAGAAAGUACAACAAAUACAAGAAAGUGCCUUCAGAAGCUAAACUGAGCGCAUUGGAAUAUAUUACAAUGGCAGCAAUAUCCAAAAUAUUUGCCGUUGCCACAACGUACCCGUAUCAGGUGGUGCGAGCUCGCCUGCAAGACCAGCACAAUAGAUACAAUGGAGUUAUUGAUGUCGUCAGACGGACAUGGAGGAAUGAAGGCGCCGUCGGUUUCUACAAAGGAAUCAUCCCCAACGUGAUUCGAGUCACUCCCGCCUGCUGCAUCACCUUUGUAGUGUAUGAGAACGUGUCUCGCUACCUCCUAGGACAAAAUCUGUGAGGCAGAAAAGCGUGGCGUGGACGGCUGCAAAGACUCUGAGCUGACACUGACGCUUUGGUGGCGUUCAGAGUAACGGAGAGAAAGUCGCCAGGCUGAAACCGUGCUGUCGGAGCAGUGUAGAAGCAUUCAUUUGCACUGAGAACGACUGAAAAAGAAAAAAAACUGAGCAACGGAAUCAUUGUUCGAUUUUUUUUAAAUGCUUGACGAACACGUUGAAUUCUUUGGAAAUGUGUUGCUCUACACGCCAAAGGACAUGCUGCGGUUUCAAGAUACUUAAGUCAGCAGGGGAGGUUGCUAAACGUGUCAUCAUAGUUUUGUUUAUACUUGAUGUUUUUUGGCAGCAGAAUGGGACACAUGCUGACAUGUGAAAAGCUGAUUAUUAACAGCAAAUUGUAAAUCUCAGGGUUCCAGUUGCAUGUGUGUGUCAUAUUCAUUUGUCUAUUUUAAAUUAUUUCUUUAUGAAAACAAACUGCAGCAAUGGGGAUUAUUUUUGUUUAUCCUCACAAUUCAUUUAUUUCCUGGCUACAAAUUGUAACUGUGUCGCUUUAUAACAUUUUAUUAUAAAACCCAACCUGCUCAUCUGCA